AUGAAGCGCAGCGCGGAGGCCAUGAGGGGCAGAGACUGGAGGAGCGCCAGUGGCGACCAAAGUGAUCGCCAUCGCGACUCACAUAGUCCCAAGCGCAUGCGGUCGGCAAACGACGCACUUGGCCGCAAACGGAACGAAUGCAAAGCUGUGAAGACGCUGGCGGACGAAAAGGAGACCGAUCCCCGUCGACUGGCGCAGCGCCAGAAGCAGAUUGACUACGGCAAGAACACGAUCGGCUACGAUCGCUACUGUGCCCAAGUGCCGCGACACGAGCGCCGCCGAGGAAAGCAGCACCCAAUGACCCCCGACAAGACCAUGCGCGUGGGCAAGAAGGUGUUUGACGGCUUUGUGCGCAAGUGGCGGCAAGCGCUGCACACGUACGACCCACCCGAGCUGGCAGAAGCGACAGCAGCAACUGGACGUGCACGCGCGAUGGCUGGCGGGGGGGAUACCGGCAGUGCAGGAGACAGCGGCGCAGCCGAAGCAACCGCAGCAGCAGUCGUAGCAAUGGCUGCAUGUGCGUCUCCGCCGUCAGCUGCGGGGAACACGACACGAACGGGAGACGAACGUUCCACGACUUUUCGUCGAUCGAUCUACGAAACCUUCGACGACGACACGUUUGAAGCUAAAGGCGACUCGGACGACGACUUGCUGUAG